GUGCGCUAGCAGGCUGGUAGAAUCAGGAAGUGGAUCAGAUGUGCAAACAGUAGCACGUCGUAAAUUAUUUAUUUGUUACCCUUCUGCAGAAAGCUGCAGUUUCCUUUGCUCUGGCUCCGUAUUUGCCACCUCAGAUUUGUUAAGCCAUGGCGCUGUCUGCCUUACAUGUGGUGAUGCUGGUCUUCACCCUUCUCCUGUUUACGUUCAUCAUGCUACCGAGAAUGUUUGGAGGAGGAUCGAGUGGAUCAAAGGAUGCAAGAAGCUUCGGUCCCGGCAGUCGCAUGAGACCCAUGCAUCAUUUUGGAGUUGGUUUUCAUCCUUUAUACAUCAAUCCUGAAGAAACCAAAGGAAAGUCUUUUGAAGGCAUGCAAGACAUGAAAAAGUCAGUGGACCAAGAGCUAAAGACCGAAAAGCAAAAAUCAAGUAGCAAAGGACUUGUAUUCACUCUGAUGCCACUCUAUGCCAUUGGAGUUGGUAUUUUUGCAGCAUACAAAUUUAUAAAGAUUCGAUCACAGAAUAAUCAAGGAAGACGCAAGAAUGAAAAUUCAGAAAUGAACAAAAAUUCUGAAGAAACAGAAAACCAGCUGAAUGAACUUGAGCAGCGUUUAGCUCAAACUGAGAAGAUGUUAAACUCUAUUUUAACCCAGCUAGAUCCGAUAACUAACUGUGUCCAGUCAGUAGCCGUCGACCAGAAAAAUGAAAUCAUGGCUCAACUUCAGUCAAUCAGGCAGUUGAUGAAGAAAAGAGGCAUGGAAAGGUCUGGGUGUGAGAAAGCAGGUCCACCUGCUGAGAAUAAACUUGACGACCUCAUUGAAUUUCCAGUAACAAAUGAGAAAAUAUCACAUUCAGAUGUAGACUGGGAAGCCAUUGCCGGGCAAGAAAAUGGGAUCGCAGAGACAGGAACAGAAGACAUUGUAAAUGAUGACCUUACAAAUGAAGAAAGCUUAUAUACUAACGAUGAAACAUUUGACAUGGAUUUGAAAAGCUGUAGUAAUGUUAACCUAGACAGUAUGGACGUCAUAAAAGACCUUCCUGAAGAAACAGAAGAAACUGGAUUAAGGAGACGCAAUAAACAUGAUGAACACUAAUGCUUGGAUUCAAACAAAGCAUUUUCUUCCACUGACUGGCUAUUAAAUGCAUGAUAUUUAAAGCAAAUUAAGCUAUAUGCUAACUCUUAAAAAGAGCUUUAUGAAUUUACAUGAAGAGAAAAUAGCACAGAACUAAGUUCCCUUGUAAUUAAAAGAAUUCAGCUUAUUUAUUAUACUGUAAUUUAAAAGAUUUGGGAGUUUUUGGGUGAUACACUAUACUCGUAUGUGCUGAACCUAAGACUUACACUGUUUCAUCUACUCUAUGUGUUUAGCACAAUGUCGCAAUGGUAGCCUGUAGCAUUUAGGUGGAUCAGGGAUUUAUUUGUGCAUUCUGCUUGCCAGCACUUAAGUAGACAUCCUCUUAGUGCGAGCUGGGAAAUAACAUUCAUGAGUCUAAAGAAAUUAGACUAAAGAAAGUUUCUCUUAUUUGAUGCCUGAUUUACUUUAGGGGGCAUCCCAUGGAUCAGUUGUUUUGUCGAGUUUAGAAUCAUGUGAAUGACACCGUGGUCCAUGUUUUACAUUCACUGUCCUCAUUGUACUUGACCUGAAAUGCAGCAGAUUGGCUGACAUUUACUGUAGUGAUGAAUGUAAUAGGCAAGACUAACACUAAAAUUCAUAUUGCAGGUGAUUUUGCCAAUUGCAAUACAUGAAACUCACUAAGGAGUCUUUUGGAGUUUUAAAAGUUUUUUGUGGGGGCAGAAAACAAGGAUUUAAAGCCUCGUUUAAACUUCUGUGUUUACCUUUGUACCUUUCUGCAGCAACAUAACACAUGUAAUAUGUACCACACCAGAAAAAUGAAUUCUGUCAUUCACAUUAGCACAGAUGAGUGCAAUACCUCACGAAUUUUAAAACAAAUCAUAUAAUGCAUAUUUUCCACCCCAAAACACACCAUUGUGCACAUUACUGUGUUAAUCUCCACAGCAAAGUCUCACUAUACAGGAAGCUGCUGCUGCCGCCAAACCCCACCCUCCUCCACUGUUACCUAGCAACCACCUUAUCCAUGUCAAGGCUAUGCUCACCGGUGAUUUGUUUUUUUCAUUUCUUUCAGUAGAAAUUACUAUUUAAAUGCUAAAAAACAGGCAAAUACAUGCAGAAUUAUUGCAUGGAAAUGCUUUCAGACAGCAAAUAAACGUCUACUUGUUGUGAAUGACACAGAUUUCACUGAAGGCGAAUUGCAGUUUAUUUAGCAAACUUGUUGGUAAGCAAAACACGUUUUUUUUUUGCAAAUUGUGUAGUUGUGAUUCACUUUUGAGCAAAUCUUUCUGCUCAUCACUACUCAGGUUGGAUGACUUUUCUGGUUUUGACAGUGCCUUACCACAUGGUGGAGGUUUUGGUGAUGACCUAUCAGAAGUUGUUUAGAUUAAACACAACAAUGCAAUCUAGCUUUAAGAAGAUUAUAUCAACUUUUUUUUUUCUUUUCUUUUCAAGUUGACACCUAGUAUUGAUAAAUUAGUGCAUUACUUAAAAGGCAAAGCUACUGUGCCUGCAGGGACCACAUAUACAAGCUGCAUGUAUCUUUUAUGUUUGUCUUGUGUACUGUAUGCAGCUUAUGGUAUAUUUCACUGUAGUGUGCGGUAAAAGCAGAUGAAUGGGUCAUAAUUUAAAGUUCUAAAGGUAAAAAGAAAUGAUGUCAAUUCAUGUGUUUCAUGAUUCCCUUAGAUUGUAAAGACAACUUGGGUAGAUCCUAAGCCCUGAGUAUUUAUCUGUGUCAUGGCAAUGGUGAUCAGUAACUGUUGAUCACAUGCACUGUUUUUGACAUGUACCCCUGUGCAUCUCACAUUUUUCCCACAUAGAUAAUGAUAUCUUUCUGAGUUUGUUUUUCAUCAUUAUUCUUUUGUGUCCUUGAUUUAAACCCUGAGCCUAUUGCCAUGAGCUAUUGUCCAUUUUGGUUUAACUCCCUCCUCCCAAAGGAGUUUAGUUAGGUUGAUGGCUGAUUCUAAGUUGGCCCCACAAUGGACUUGUUCGCCUUGUCCACGACUGCUUCCUGCAACUGUCCUCAGUACUGCGAUUUCAAGUUUAGGAGAUUUGAGAAUGUAAUGUUUAAUUUACUGUUGAGUCUUUUUGUUAAGUGUCAUUCUUGGCAUCAAGGGCAUGUGAGAAGUUAGUGUCCAUCUGAAUAGAUACAGGCCGGUAUGAUUCAGUUGUUUUCUCAUUGUGAGAUCACACAUGUUAGCAGCAUGGUAGCACUGUGCUCAUCACUGCUGCCUCAUGGCUCCAGUGUGUUGUCUUUUCCUAUUUUCUCCGUGCAGGAAAUCUCAUUUUCUUCUGUCAUUCCUAUGAUGUGCACGUUAGGUUGAUUAGUCCCAGUGAGUGAAUGGCAGUAUAAGUGAGCACAGUGUUGAACUGUAAUUCCAUCCGUGGUUGGUUUCGGCCUUGCAUCUAAUGGUGCCUGGAUAGGGUUCAGGCUCCUGUGAACUUGAAUUAAAGAAUAUGAUAUUAUGUUAUAAGCCCUUGAUCCAUUUUAGCAUUGUAUGAAAACAGUUGCAGGUUCCAGAUUGUCUCUAUAUAGUAUCUAUGUACAUCAGUUCCUCACUUCUUUGGGAAAAACAACCCAUUUAUUCUAUGCAAUGAGUAUACCUUAAACCAUUUGAGGUAACCGUUUUAAUUUUAGUCACUUUGCACUCCACUGGAAUAGGCAGUUGGAGCUCUCCUUCUGAAGCCACCUUCCAUGCUACAUAUCUAACGUAGUACAGCUAAAGCAUCUUAUAUAAUUUUCUGAUUUAAUAUGCCAUAUCAACAAACUUCUUUUUGUUCAUUUCACAUUUCAUAGCAGUCUCAAUAACACUUUACAAAACUCAGCUAGCAAAGAAAUUGUUGGGCUACACGUGACUAUCAUAUUGAAUCUAUCAAUCCUGGCAUGGAUCAUACAAAGAUUAAAACAAUACAGUUAAUGUAAUGGUGACAGAAAGACUUCAUAGCACAAUAUGAUGCGCAUAACAGAUACAGUUAGAGAAUAUGGGGAUAGAAGUACUGACAUAGGUUGGAACUUCAGUCUUAGUUUGAACAUAACUUAAUGGAGUUGCGGGCACAAAACUAGGAAGAUUGCUAUAUAUGCAGCAUAUUGUAUGUGACUAAAUUGGGUAGUGGAAGCAUAUUCCUAUUCCACGUCUGCAACACAAAGCUAAAUGGAGUAGCCAGCUCUUUGUCCCCACUUCAGCAACUGUGCAGGACAAUUUGUUUUUCUGCUGUGGUUUUGGGUCAGUCUGGUCUUGUGCUUUAUAAUAUUAAAAGUACCUGUAAAUGCAUGCAGUCAAUGAGAAAUGCUGGUGUUUUAAUGGCCUAGAACAGGGGUUCCCAAACACGGUCCUGAGGGCCCACUAUGGCUGCAAGUUUUUAUUCCAGUCAGAUUCACAAUUAGUGAUAAUAAUAGAUCUCGAUUAUUUAAAUGGUCUUUUUCCCUUCUCUUAUUCUGCCUUUAGAAAAUCACAGCAGUAUGAUUUUUACAUUGAUAAGAUGUUUAGAAAUGUUUCUACUUUUGCUUUAAACGCUUAUCUCUCUCUUGUUGUCCUAUUGUUUUGUUAUUUUUUUUUUGUGCAGUUGAACAGAAUACCUGGAAAAGCAGAAUGAAAAUCAGGCUGGAA